GUCUACUUCCGGUCCGGUGGGGACAGCUGCCAGGCGGCGCCAGGCGAGCGGGCGGGCUCGCUUGCAUCCCGCGCGCGGCGGGCGAUGCUCGGGGGCAGCGCUGGGGCCCGGGAGCGCGUAGCGGAGGGCGGCGGGGCAGGGGCUCUGCCUGCGCCGCCUGCCAUCGACUUCCCCGCCGAGGGCUCGGACCCCAAGUAUGACGGUGAGGGACCCCGAACGCCGCGAGCGGGCGAGCAGGGCCGCCGAGAAUCUGAUGUUCCAGCUGAGCUCCAGGUGUUGAAGGGACCCCUACAACAGCCGACCUUCCCUUUUGCAGUGGCAAACCAACUCCUGCUUGUCUCUCUGCUGGAGCACUUGAGCCAUGUGCAUGAACCAGAUCCACUUCGUUCAAGACAGGUGUUUAAAUUACUUUGUCAAACCUUCAUCAAGAUGGGGCUGCUGUCUUCCUUUACCUGCAGUGACGAAUUUAGCUCCUUGAGACUCCAUCACAACCGGGCUAUCACUCAUUUAAUGAGGUCAGCUAAGGAGAGAGUUCGUCAGGAACCUUGUGAGGACAAUUCUCAUAUCAACAAAAUCAGAUCAAGGGAAGUAGCCUUUGAAGCACAAACUUCACGUUACUUAAAUGAAUUUGAAGAGAUUGCCAUCUUAGGAAAAGGUGGAUAUGGAAGAGUAUACAAGGUCAGGAAUAAAUUAGAUGGCCAGUAUUAUGCAAUUAAAAAAAUCCUGAUCAAGGGCGCAACUAAAACAGAUUGCAUGAAGGUGCUCCGGGAAGUGAAGGUGCUGGCAGGACUUCAGCACCCCAACAUUGUGGGCUACCACACUGCCUGGAUAGAACAUGUUCACGCCGCCCAACCCUUAGCAGACAGAGUCUCUAUUCAGCUGCCAUCUCUGGAAGUAAUCUCCGACCAGGAAGAAGACAGAGAUCAAUCUAGUGUGAAGAAUGAUGACAGUAGCAGUUCAUCCAUUAUCUUUGCUGACUUCACUUCAAAAAAAGAAAAAUCCUUUGGCGAAUCUGGCAUGGAAUAUCAAAAUAACAGAUUGGUAAACUACACCACCGAUUUAGUCACAAGAGAUGCCAGUGAAUUUGAAUCAUCCUUCGAGCUUCAAGAAAAUGGCUUGGUUGAUUUGUCUACAAGAUCCAUUGCUGAACGUCAGCUGCCACUUAGGCAUAAUUCAGGCCUACAAGAGGAGUUCUCAUCCACUGAGGAGUCUUCGGAAGAAAACUUAAACUUGUUUGGGCAGACAGAGGUGCAGUACCACCUGAUGCUGCACAUCCAGAUGCAGCUAUGUGAGCUCUCCCUGUGGGACUGGAUAACCGAGAGGAACAAACGGGGCCGAGAGCUUGUGGAUGAAUCAUCUUGUCCUUAUGUCAUGGCCAGUGUUGCAACAAAAAUUUUCCAGGAAUUGUUGGCAGGUGUGCUUUACAUCCACAGUAUGGGUGUCGUACACAGAGACCUGAAGCCCAGAAAUAUUUUUCUUCAUGGCCCUGAUCAGCAAGUAAAAAUAGGAGACUUUGGUCUGGCUUGCACCGACAUCAUACGGAAAAACACAGACUGGACCAAUGGAAAUGGGAGGAGAAUACCAACGCACACUUCCAGAGUGGGUACCUGUCUAUAUGCUUCCCCCGAACAGUUGGAAGGAUCUGAGUACGAUGCCAAGUCAGAUAUGUAUAGCUUGGGUGUAAUUCUGCUAGAGCUCUUUCAGCCAUUUGGAACAGAAAUGGAGCGAGCAGAAAUUUUAACAGGUUUAAGAACUGGUCAGAUCCCUGAAUCCCUCAGUAAAAGGUGCCCAGUGCAAGCCAAGUAUAUCCAGCACUUAACGAGAAAAAAUUCAUCCCAGAGACCAUCUGCCGUUCAGCUGCUGCAAAGCGAACUUUUCCAAAAUUCCGGAAAUGUUAAUCUUACCCUUCAGAUGAAGGUAAUAGAGCAAGAAAAAGAAAUUGAAGAACUAAAGAAGCAGCUAAGCCUCCUUUCUCAGGACAAAGGGGUUAAGGAUGACAUAAAAGGUGGGGGCAUAGCUGUCUAGCCUUAAUUUGGCUCUGUGAAUAAUAUGUAGGUGGACCUAAAAAAAAGUCUGUCUUUAAGCUAGUCAACUGGAUUGUACAGUUUCAAACUUUUUUAGGGUAUAGAUGUUAUAAUCCUUUAAUUGUAUUCAAUUAGCCUGUACAGACAUUAAAAUUAAGUUAUAACAUUACACAACAA